CCACAAACAAACGUGAGUGCUUCACUCACCGCUCUUUUAUAACUUAAAAAGGAAAAAAAAAAAACAUAAAAAAACACAAAACCAACAUAAAAAUUAAGUACUGGAACACUGAGCAGAAAAAAAAACAAAGCUCUCAAAUAUAUAUUCUUUUCUUUCUUAAAGACAACAGAAGGCCUCGGGCACCGCAAGCCUGACGUUUUAUGACGGAUAAUAACAAAUAUUUAAAAGAGAAGGAAAGCCGAGGACCUGCGAGGCGACGCAGCAUCCCAGUUUCGGAGCUGCGACCUGACUCGGCAGACGGUUUUACCCCGGAUUGCACAGAGGCACCCGGCGCUCGGCUGUAAGCUGCGCGGUCCGCCGUCCCUUGCGAGUUAUGAAUACAGCCGCAGCAGGCAGUUACCCCAUGGCUUCCCUGUAUGUGGGCGACCUGCACCCCGACAUCACGGAGGCUAUGCUGUACGAGAAAUUCAGCCCUGCGGGACCGGUGCUGUCCAUCCGAGUGUGUCGCGACAUGAUCACCCGGCGAUCGCUGGGUUACGCCUAUGUGAACUUCCAGCAGCCCGCAGACGCUGAACGAGCCCUGGACACCAUGAACUUCGAUGUGGUGAAAGGGAAACCCAUUCGAAUCAUGUGGUCUCAAAGAGACCCUUCACUCAGGAAAUCUGGGGUGGGAAACGUCUUCAUCAAAAACCUGGACAAGUCAAUUGACAACAAGGCGCUUUAUGACACAUUUUCUGCCUUUGGGAACAUCCUUUCUUGCAAGGUCGUGUGUGAUGAGAAUGGAUCAAAAGGAUAUGCAUUCGUGCAUUUUGAGACACAGGAUGCAGCUGACCGCGCCAUUGAGAAGAUGAACGGCAUGCUGCUCAACGACCGCAAGGUGUUUGUGGGACGUUUCAAAUCUCGAAAGGAGAGGGAGGCAGAGCUAGGAGCCAAAGCCAAGGAAUUUACCAAUGUAUACAUAAAAAACUUUGGGGAGGAUAUGGAUGACAACAGGCUGAAGGAGUUGUUUGACAAGUAUGGAAAAACACUCAGUGUGAAAGUGAUGACCGAUCCGAUGGGAAAAUCGAGAGGCUUUGGCUUUGUAAGCUAUGAGAAGCAUGAAGAUGCUAACCAGGCUGUGGAGGAGAUGAACGGCACAGAACUCAAUGGCAAGACUGUGUUUGUGGGCCGUGCCCAGAAGAAGAUGGAACGGCAGGCGGAACUGAAGAGGAAAUUUGAACAACUAAAACAGGAGAGGCUCAGUCGCUAUCAGGGUGUCAACCUUUACAUCAAGAACCUAGAUGACACUAUUGAUGAUGAGAAACUGCGCAAAGAGUUUUCCCCAUUUGGAUCCAUCACUAGUGCUAAGGUGAUGCUGGAAGAUGGCCGGUCCAAGGGGUUUGGGUUUGUGUGCUUCUCAUCUCCUGAGGAAGCCACAAAGGCUGUGACAGAGAUGAAUGGGCGCAUCGUGGGAUCCAAGCCAUUGUAUGUGGCUCUGGCACAGCGCAAAGAGGAACGCAAGGCCCACCUCACUAACCAAUACAUGCAGCGCAUUGCAGGCAUGCGGGCAAUGCCCGCUAAUGCCAUCAUCAACCAGUUUCAGCCGGCCACUGGCUACUUCAUGCCUGCUGUUCCACAGGCACAAAACAGGACAACUUACUAUGCCCCUAAUCAGCUGGCACAGAUGCGACCUAACCCCCGCUGGCAGCAGCAAGGAGGUCGAGCCCAAGGUGGAUUUCAGGGUAUCCCUAAUUCACUGCGUCAGGCUGGUCCACGUGCCAACCUGCGGCACCUCACACCAAGCACUAAUUCACAGAGCCCUCGGGGUAUGCCAGCUGGGGCGCAGAGAGUGGGAGGCAGCAGUCAGCCGCUGGGUCCGCGGCCUAGCAUGGGCAUACCCAGCCCACGCGCAGUGCCACCCUACAAGUAUGCCACCAGCGUGCGGAGCACACAGAACCAGGUGGUGCAGCCUGUGGCCCUGCAGCAGCCGCAAGCCGCCGUUCACGUCCAGGGCCAGGAGCCGCUAACUGCCUCCAUGCUGGCUGCAGCCCCACCUCAGGAACAGAAACAGAUGCUGGGUGAGCGCUUGUUCCCCCUGAUCCAAGCGAUGCACCCCAGCCUGGCUGGGAAGAUUACUGGAAUGCUUCUGGAGAUUGACAACUCCGAGCUACUACAUAUGCUCGAGUCCCAUGAAUCUCUACGUUCCAAGGUGGAGGAGGCUGUUGCUGUACUUCAGGCUCACCAAGCGAAGAAGGACGCCACCCAGAAAGCGGGGGUUCUCGCUGCGGCCGGCACGGCUCCCCCUUCAUGACGCCUCUCUGGCAGCGGAGGAAUCCUGGAACAGAAAGACGGGUGAACAUAGAAAUUGUGAAAACAAGUAAUACUUGUACAGAAGUAGUUAGGUAUUUUAAAAUAUUUUAAUACAGUCUUCAUAAAAACAAGGAUUAGUGGACUUAAUUUGAAAAUAACCCCCUCGCUUUGAGGCCAAGAUGGGUCAAUUUUCUAUAAGAAAAACUGAUGAAUUUUUUGAAUGUCUAAUGUUUUGACUGGGGCUUCUUGCUCCCAUAAUACCCUGAAUGGCCAAUAAAAGGGAUGCAAGUAACACAGAA